GAAAUUGGGUAACAAGCCAAAUAAAGAGAAAGUGUCUCAGAAUCAGUCUGGAGGGUCAUUUGGUAGCAAAAAAUUGGCUAGUUUCAAUCAAGGUAGAAUAAUGAAUAGUAAAGGAAAUAUGGAUAAGCACAAAAUAAAUCCAGGUUCUUCUAGUGUUAAGACAAAGGCUUUUGAUGAAGAAUCUGUGUUGCAAAGGAUUAGAGAAAAAUAUUCGAAUACAAGACAAACUAAACUUUUGACCGUGGAUGAAACACCAGAUAUGAUUUUAGGUGCAAAUUGUAAACUUGUAGAAGGUCGUAUGAAUUAUAAUUAUCAGGCAAAAUCACCGACAAAAAUAAAAGUUGAUAAGUACAUAAGGAGGUUCCGACAAGCAAAGAACUUGUUUAGUGCUGAUGACUCAGAAUCAGACAGUAGUGCAACAAAAUCAGUGGCACACAGCCCUCAGAAUACACAGAGAUCAAUAAUAUCCCAAGCCUUAUCUGUAUGUCCCAUAUGUAGUGAAAGAAUACCUGAUGCUAUGUAUGACCAGCAUUUAAAUCAGUGCUUUGGUGAAGACAUGAAUUUUGACUCGGAGUUCAAUGAUGAGAAAAGUAUUGGAAGUAAACCUGAAGCAUCUGCAAAGCAGAGUAAAGAAGAUAUGUGGGAAGCUCUUUCUGAUGCAAAGACUUGUCACAAUUGUGGUUCAGUUGUCUUAGCCGCUGAGAUGAAGCUGCACCUCCAGUACUGCAUUGACUCAGAUGAUGAUGAUCAUGAUGAGAGCUUUGAUGAGAGAAACAAGAAAUUCAAUGAUGAAAAUAAAGUCUCUGAAGACAAACCGGGUCCUGGGAUUGUGUCCUGCCCUUCUUGCAUGGAGAGAGUUCGGGAAGAGCAGAUUCAGGAGCACCUAGAUCAGUGUUUGACCUUCUUGGCGGAAGAAUUUUAACGUACGUUUGAUCUCUUGUGAUAUAGUCCAGUGUCCUUUGACCAUUUAGUGUUGAAAUUGAGGGGCGAUUUCAUUAAUCUGCUGUAUAUCAGUGUUAUUCUAAUAUGCUGGUAUUAGUACGUUAUAGUUUAUUAUAUUAUAAGGAUGCAACAUAUGUGUAACUGUCUUCCUGUCUAGAUGAAAUGAUUAUGUUAUUGUUAGGAAUGUGUGAUUUUCUUCAGUAGAAUCAUGUGUUGUUUAAUUUUCUGUAAAAAUGAUAAAAUUUCUAUAUUUAUGUAAACAAGAUUUUGUAUAAAUACCAUCAAAAAGAAAUGUU